AUGGCUGGAGACGAUACGCUUGUUCUGGUAGAGAAGGUGGCAACUUCUACAGACGUAGAUUGGCUGGAACCACUUGUGCUAGGAGUCGAGCUUUCUGAAACGAUUGCACUGUUGCUUAUUGGAGAUACGAUGGGUGAGGAGGUGGAAGCGGGCACUGAAACAUCUGCAGGCCUUGAAGAUGAAGCUAAAUCUGAAUAUGUGAUGAUGGUCGACGAUACGAUGGGCGUAGAGGAUGUGGUUGUUAUUAAAAGCGUGACAGAAUCAGAGGACAGUGGAGUCGAAAAUACAGUCGGACUUGAAGAUGUACUAGAACCCAAGGACAUGCUCGGAGGCCUAGAUGAAGUACCACUUGAAGCCGGCAGCCCACUCAUAGAAAUACUGAUGAAGCUACUGCUGCUAAUACUGCUAAUGCUUGACAUUGUUGGUGGAAGCGCAGUUGUCGACAGUGUUGCACUUGUUCCAGCAUCUCCCACUCUGCUGGCGCUGACGCUGUCGCUGGUGCUGCUGCUGCUGCUCGACCUCGUCGAUGCAAGGGCAGUCGUAGACGGCGUUGCACUUCUCCCAGUAUCUGUCAUUCUGCUGGACAAAGUGCUACUAUAG